CAGAGGAAUUAGUACUGGAGGUGAGAACGCGUGGAAGUAAUCAGUGAAAAUCUAGGUAUUAAUUCAGCCAAAAGGAUGGCACAGUGGAUUACUCCGGUACUUCUGGUUUUCUCUGGGGCUAUGGCACUUCCACCGCCUUGGGUUCCUGAGAUGAACAGUACUCAUGCCUGCGACGAGUACUAUAGCAAGGGAGAGUGUUCGUUUGAAGACACUCCAUUUAUGCACGAGUCAUGCUCCAGUCUUUCAGGAUUUAUGAUGUUGUUGCAAACUACUAUGAUGGCCAGGUGUGAUGUCGCAGAUCCCUGCAGGAGGUUUGAGACCGAUGAAAUCGAGGAAUACGAGGCUUUCGAUUUCAUAAUCGUGGGUGCAGGAGUGGCAGGUCCAGUGAUAGCCCGACGGCUAGCGGACCACGUACCCUUCUGGAAGGUUCUGCUGAUAGAGGCAGGACCACCAGAGCCCUCGAUGACAGCCUUCCCAGGUUUUGCAUUCAACGCAGUCAACACUUCCCUCGACUGGAGUUACAAAACCGAGCCAACACGCCCCCACCCCACCGCCUGCUUGGAAACAGGUGGCGUCUGUACCUGGCCACGAGGUAAAAUGGUAUCUGGUUCAGGUGGAAUGUACGGUAUGAUGUACGUGAGAGGACACCCUGAAGUCUUCAACAGGUGGGCCAGGGCGGGCAACAAAGGCUGGUCCUACGACGAAAUCGAGCACUACUUCGAGCGGGCUGAGGAUGUCGAGGUACCAGGAAUGACAUCUGGCUCAGAAAAACGGAUAACAGGGGAAAAUGGACCCCUGAAAAUCAAGUAUUACGAUCACAGGCCUGAAUUCACCGAGGAAGUCCUCAAGGCAGCUGCAGAGCUCGGGUACAAGACCUCUCGACUAGCUGGAGAAGACAGCACUGGUUUCAUGAUCGCUCCCAUGAUCAUUGAGGAUGGAAUCCGUGGAACCACCUCUAGACUCUACCUCAGACCCAUUGCCCAUCGACCAAAUUUGAAGAUUCUCACUCAUGCCCAGGUUACUAGAAUCGUCAAGGAGAAUUGGGAUGGCGAGGCUCGAGGAGUCGAACUCAUCGACAGAAAAGGUACCAGGAAGAUAAUUCGCGCUGAUAAGGAGAUAAUCCUAACAGCUGGAGCUAUUGGAUCUCCCCAGAUUCUUUUGAACUCUGGAAUUGGUCCUAAGAAGGAUCUCGAAGAGCUGGGAAUUCCUGUAUGGGAGGAUCUGCCUGUGGGCCACAAUCUUCACAAUCACGUGUCCUAUGGCAUCAAAAUGAGUAUCAAUGACACUUAUUAUGAGACAAUAACUGUAGAUGCUGUGGAGAAGUUCUUGCACAAUCGGACAGGACCUCUCACCAGCACUGGACUUACACAGGUGACAGCUUUCCUCGAGAGCUCUUUCACAACGCCAGGGGUGCCUGAUAUUCAGGUAUUCUUCGAUGGAUUCAGCUCCAAGUGCCCGAUGUUGGGGGUGAAGGACGAGUGUCCUGGGGGAACUGUUGGCUCCUGCCCAGGGAGAAGAGAAUUAGUCGCCAGACCCACAACUGCCAUUGUUAAGACACGAGGUGUUCUCAAACUCAGGUCUAAGGAUCCCCUCGAUAGACCACUGCUCUAUCCAAAUUAUUUUGAGGACGAGCAGGACCUCAAGGUCCUACUGGAGGGCAUCAGGAAGGUCGAGGAAAUGAUUGAUACCAAGACCAUGAAAAAAUGGGACUUGAGAUUUGAGGAAACCAAUUUCACUGCUUGUUCCAGGUAUCACUUUGGAACUGAUGCCUAUUGGGAAUGCAUGAUUAGGACGCAAACAGGUCCAGAGAAUCAUCAAGCAGGAACUUGCAAGAUGGGUCCCUCGAGGGAUCCAACAGCUGUAGUGGAUCCGGAACUCCGCGUCCAUGGAAUUCCAAAUAUCAGAGUAGCUGAUGCCUCGAUAUACCCUGAGGUACCAAACGCGAAUCCCACCGCUUCCAUCGUCAUGAUCGCCGAAAAGGCAGCGGACAUGAUUGGGAACACGUGGAUCGGCAUGUAGAAAAAUUUAGUGACACCCAAAAAAAUUUCACUGCACUUGUAGGAAUUUAUUUAAUUUUCACUGACGAUUGCGACUGAUUUCUCAAUACUAUAGGAUUUAAUUUAAUUCAACAUUACAUUAUUAUCAUUAAUGAAUAUUGAAUUCGCUUUCAUUAGACUAGCUUGAAAAUUCAGAGAUUAAACAUCUGAUUUUUCAGUAUAAAAAAACUAGAGAAAAAAUAUGAUAAAUAAUCCAAGAAAUCAGACUACUCUGCUUGAAUCAAGUAGAAAAAAUUUCUGAAUGAGGAUUUUUUUUUGAGUGUACCGUAGGAAAUUAAAAUGUGAAUAAAGACUUGUUACAUUUAUCCCAUUGUACUUCAGAGAUAUUUUUUGAGAAUGUUAAAAUACUCUCUGUCAUGACUUACGUAAAUAGCACUGCCGAUAUAAAUAAAUUUCAU